CGGGAGGAGAGGAGUGGAGAGGAGAGGAGAGGAGAGGAGAAGAGGAUAGCGAAGGAGGAUGUGAUGGUGGAAGGAAAAGGGAUGUUGGUCAUGGUGAACACUGGGGAGUAACACAAGGUGCGGUUUCAAGCGAACGAGCGGCUGUGCAAGGUCCAGUGAGGAGGGCAGGGAAGAUGGAAUCGCAAUCACUCUUCUGCCUCCUCCUCUUCCUCCUUCCGAUCGCUCUGGGGAGCCUUGCCCAUGUUCACAGAGCCGAUGCUCCGCAGCACACUCCGGUGACGGUGGCAAGGGGGUGCGCGGCUUUUGCCUUCCCCGGACAUGUUGUGCUGAGAGGAAAGAGAGCGGAGAGCAGGGGCUGCAGGGUUCGGUUUCAAACAGCGAAGAUCAGCCUGCAGGGGAGGAGACAGUCUGUUCUUCCAUUGUGCAUGCAGGACAAAGAUCCGAAUGAGGCGAACGAAAGGCCCAGCGACAAGAACUCAAACGCGUCUACAAUAUUGCAAAGCUGCCGGUCUGAGUCAAACGGUGAAGACCAAGGAGGGAGCAUAGAGGAGGCGAGGAUGAUGCUCAUGAGGAUACAGAACACAAGCGCCAUGCUCAACGAAAGUUUGGACACCACCAGGACCCUGAAUGAAGGCAGGAGACGUGUCAAGAACGCAACGCUGACUCAGUCGGAGGCAGUGAACGCGGUCAUCGUGGGGAAAGUCAUCAUAGAUGAGUUCGUCCUGAGGAAGCAGCCAGAGGGAAAGCUGA